AAUCGGAGGUUCGUGUCAGGUCACGUCCCGGUGCCGUCCCGGGCCGCGCCUGCUGCGGCGUUCGUGCACACGAAUGCGCCUUUUCGGUGGCGAUUUCCCCCGAAUCUUCGCAAGAGCCCACAAUCAAAACAAAUCGACCACGCGUGCUUUUCCCGCAGCAAUGACGUCACGUGGGCCCUCCCCCUUCUCCCCGCAAGUGAAGUGAAAACAGUGAAGGAAGGAAAAGCGCUCGUGUCAGCCGCCAUACGCGCGUUUGAUGCGUAAAAUACGCGGCGGGGGAGCGAGGGGGCACGUUAAUCUGGCGUUUCUCGUGUGUUUUUGCGGCACAUUUUCGGGAGGUUUUUUUGUGUGUGUGUGUGUGUGGAGGGGGGACAGCUGACUGGAGCGAUGAGGGGAGAGGCGGAAGUGAAGUCACUUGACAGACCGUCCAUGUUAUUAUUGUUAUUUUGGUAGCUCCUGUGAUGAGACGGGCUGGGGAGCCGCUGGUCUCCGAGACAACGAGCGCAACCGCAGGCCGCCCCGGACCGACACCACCCUCACCGCCGCUGACCCGGAGACAGGAGCCUCGCUGGCGGCUGGGGAGGGCGGGAGGGAGGGUGUGAAGACCCAGCUUUCGGCUCGGCUCCUUCCACUCCCCGACCGACCAAAAAUAAAACGGCGACAAAAGCAAUAAUCGGCUGGUGUCUGCGCGGUGAGUGAGCGAAGGGACGAGCCGCCGCAGACAUGAACGGGAUCACCAAGGGCCGGUUCGAGGUGUUCUCAAACAGCGAUGAAGCCCCCAUUAACAAGAAGCUCCCCAAAGAGCUUCUUCUUAGAAUAUUCUCCUAUCUAGACGUGGUGACCCUCUGUAGGUGUGCCCAGGUAUCCAAGGCGUGGAACGUCCUGGCCCUAGAUGGCAGCAACUGGCAGAAGAUCGACUUGUUCAACUUCCAGACAGACAUUGAGGGCCGAGUGGUGGAGAACAUUUCCAAGCGUUGCGGCGGCUUCCUGAGGCAGCUCAGCCUGAGGGGCUGCCUGAGUGUCGGAGAUGCCUCUAUGAAGACGUUUGCUCAGAACUGCAGAAACAUUGAAGUGUUGAACCUGAAUGGCUGCACCAAGAUCACAGACAGCACCUGCCUCAGCCUCAGCAAGUUUUGCUCCAAGCUCAAGCAACUAGAUCUCACCUCCUGUGUGUCCAUCAGCAACCACUCCCUUAAAGCCCUCAGUGAUGGCUGCAGAAUGCUGGAGAUGUUGAACCUGUCGUGGUGUGACCAGAUCACACGUGACGGCAUCGAGGCCCUCGCUAGAGGCUGCACUGGUUUACGAGCACUGUUCCUCAGAGGCUGUACACAGCUGGACGACGGAGCUUUGAAACACCUUCAGAAACACUGCCCAGAACUCACCACCAUCAAUAUGCAGUCUUGCACACAAAUAACAGAUGAAGGCCUGGUCAGUCUGUGCCGAGGAUGCCACAAGCUGCAGAUCCUCUGUGUGUCUGGCUGCAGUAACAUCACUGAUGCCUCUCUCACUGCACUGGGACUUAACUGUCCCCGACUCAAGAUUCUUGAAGCUGCACGAUGCUCCCAUGUUACGGACGCAGGGUUCACUGUGCUGGCCAGAAAUUGUCAUGAGCUUGAAAAAAUGGACUUAGAAGAAUGUAUUUUGGUGACAGAUAACACCCUGGUUCAGCUGUCAAUCCACUGCCCUCGCCUGCAAGCGCUGUCGUUGUCCCACUGUGAGCUGAUCACAGACGACGGUAUCAGAGCUCUGAGCAGCAGCACCUGCGGACAAGAGCGCCUCACUGUGGUGGAGCUGGACAACUGCCCCCUCAUCACUGACGUGACCCUCGAGCACCUGAAGAGCUGCCAUCGUCUGGAGCGCAUCGAGCUCUACGACUGUCAGCAAGUCACCAGGGCUGGCAUCAAACGUAUCAGGGCCCACCUUCCAGAGAUCAAGGUCCAUGCCUACUUUGCCCCAGUGACACCUCCUCCCUCUGUACAUGGAGGUGGCCAGCGUCUGUGCCGCUGCUGCAUCAUCCUCUGACAGUGGAGGGCCAGGGGGGGCCACCUCUGUCUACAGGUCCUGCUGCUCUAGAUACGGGCUGAUGUGGGGGUGGGGGAGGGUGAACUGGGGUAGGCGUAGGGGAGAGGAGGGGCUGGACCCACUCACUGCUCCUGAUCACCGAUCAAUAUAUGGACCGAUCGCCGCUGAUCCCUGAUCAGUUGAACCCGCCCCUUCUCUCUCCUCUUGCUCGCCGAUCAGCGUCGCAGCAGCUCCGGGGGGUUCACAGCGUGGAAGGGUUGGAGGGAAGAACACGGAUGGACGGACUUUCUCUCUUUUUCUCUCUCUGUCUCUUCUUUCUCACUGUAAAGACAAAAACAGGUUCUCCACUCCAUUCUGACUCCUCUCAACCCCGAGACUCCCCCGCCUGGAUGGGUGAGGCUUUGAGGACUGCAUCUGGACAGCUGCAGAUGGGGAAGGGAGGGGUCUGAACGGUGGAACUACAAUGCAUCAUGUCGAAACUAAAUACAGAAAAAAAUGAUGAUAUUAUCAUCUUGGACAACCGCUCACUCUCUGUGGAGUAUCAUCUCAACCAAUCACAUGACACCUCUAUGUGACCAUCCUGUGAUUCAUUCUGCUUCGACCAAUAGACACACAGCGUGGAGGGAGAGGAGAGCUGGGCUGUGGGGGAAAUGCAGAUGCUCCUGGAUAUAAACUGUGAAGCUUUGGCACGGCCAGCUCGACUCGACAAGAGCUGGGGAGGGGGAGAAACAGGAAGUGCAGAAAUGGGACAUGUGACAUAUUUGUGCAUCUGAGAAACUUCUGUUGAGAUUUUUGAUUCUGUUUGUACAGAGAAUGUUUUGCAAUGGAAAAAAAAAAAAGAAAUUACUCCUACAGCAACUCACUCAAAAAUUGGGAAAGGCCAACGAAAAAUGUUAUUUUUUUUCUCCUUUUUUCAGUGCUUAUUGUAAUUGUCCAUGCCUGUCUAUUCAGAGAGGGAGAUUUGCUUGUCUUUCUUUUUGAAUUGUAAAAGAAAAAAAACUGUUGCUGUUUGACAAAAAAAGGACCUAUGAUUCAGACCCUCGGUGUCUAAAAGCAUUAUGUUGACACUGUAUGCUGCUGGGAUGAGUGGCCUCUCCUGUGUACUGCGUGGUUUUGUUGGCUUGUAGGCCCUGAUCCAAUCCUGUCAGUAGCCCUGUGCACUAGCUCCUACUUGACCAAUUAAGGAUUUGUUUACAUCCUGGAUUAGGUUAGCACCACAGACUAACUUGUUUACAUCAGUUGGUGUCCAGUCUCCCUGCUAUUCAGAGUCGGUUUCUUCUCUGAAUAGUUUAGUAACACUGAUACAACUGUGGCAUACGCACUGUUUUUAGCUGGACUGUGACGUCCAUUAUUCAGAUUUAUUGUUGUGUGUAUGUGGAUAUCAAUCAGGGCUAAUGUUGAUGUAACUUUGCUUCAAAAGUUAGAUGGAAAUUUACUUAAAGCAGAAAUAGAAAGUAUGAGACUGUAAGCAAAGGCACCUCAACUUUUUGACAAUCACAUGAGUUUAUAUAUUUGAAAGUUAAUUUAGUGUAGUUUUGUGUAAUUGUCAAUCUACCGAUGAUGUAGGAUUUAAUGAAUUGGCUGUCUUCAAUAUACCACAAUAGCUUUAGGCCCCAAAUAGCACAUGAGGAAUUAUUUAGAAUUAGCGUUUGACGCAGGUCUGAAGAAUUGAUCCCGAACAAAUUCCCACUCAUCCAAUCCUUCAGAACAUUUGUGACAACGGGGAAAGUGACAAGCAGCGACCGGAAAGCCCCAGAACCAGCAGUUUAUUUAAUUCUAUAGACAGUCCUUCCGAUCAACAGUGUCCCAGUAUUAUCUGUCUUGCCGUGCAGGAUGUAUUGGGCAUGAAUGCGACCAUUUCAAGCACUGAAAAUACAACGAAACAAAAGCAGCUUGUAAAAUUGUGCUAAACAGGAGACUGACAAGUGCAACGUAGUGCCAAGUGCUCAAAGACUGGGGAGACUGGCAGGACCGUGGAUAGGACUGAGACAACAGACGGACAGAAAGAUGACGAAAGACGCAGAAGGACUCAGAUACAUAGCUGACUUGACUGGCUGUGAUACUAAUGCCCUCUGUUUGACAGCAGUUUUAACAGUUUUAUGUUUAAGAAAAUAAAGAAAUAAAUGAAAAAAUAAACAAAUGAAUAAAUAAAGGUGACUAAUAGUAAAUGUG